AUGAAUUGGGUUCUAUUGAGCUUCAUUGUUCUUGGUGCUGGUGUUGGGUUACUUUCAGAGGGAGGUUCUAGUUCUAGGCCUCCUGUUAUUAGAGUGGGUGCACUAUUCGGUUUAAAUACCAUGCACGGUCAAAUUGCAAAUAUUGCCUUCAAAGCUGCUGAGGAAGAUGUAAAUUCUGAUCCUAGCUUCCUUGGUGGAUCUAAAUUGCGUAUUAUGAUCAAUGAUGCUAAACGCAGCGGUUUCCUCAGCAUCAUGGGAGCAUUGCAAUUCAUGGAGACUGAUGUAGUGGCUAUAAUUGGUCCACAGACAUCAAUAAUGGCUCAUGUUUUGUCUCAUCUCGCCAAUGAGCUUACAGUUCCGAUGUUGUCAUUCACGGCUCUUGAUCCUACCCUCUCUCCACUCCAAUUCCCUUUCUUUGUCCAAACAGCACCUAGCGAUCUCUUUCUGAUGCGCGCCAUUGCAGAGAUGAUUACAUACUAUGGCUGGUCAGAUGUGGUGGCAUUGUAUAACGAUGAUGAUAACAGCAGAAAUGGCGUUACAGCGUUAGGCGAUGAGCUUGAAGAGAGGCGUUGCAGGAUUUCUUACAAGGCUGUACUUCCUCUGGAUGUUGUGAUUUCUAGUCCAGUUGAGAUCAUAGAGGAAUUGACUAAGAUCCAGAGAAUGGAAUCUCGGAUAAUCGUUGUGAACACUUUUCCUAAUACAGGCAAAAUGAUCUUUGAGGAAGCAGAGAGAUUGGGGAUGAUGGAGACAGGCUAUGUUUGGAUAGCUACAACUUGGUUGUCUUCUCUACUAGACUCAGGUUUGCCUUUGGAUCGAAAAUCUCUCAAUGGAGUUCUAACACUGCGUCUUCACACGCCGGAUUCAAGAAACAAAAGGGACUUUGCGGCACGGUGGAAGAACAAGUUGAGUAAUAAUAAGACUAUUGGUUUGAAUGUCUAUGGUUUGUAUGCUUAUGAUACUGUCUGGAUCAUUGCUCGAGCCAUUAAGACACAUCUGGAAGCUGGAGGUAAUCUUUCCUUCUCCCAGGAUGCAAAAUUAAGUAGCUUGAAAGGAGAGGCACUGAAUCUAAGUGCAUUGAGCAGAUUUGAUCAAGGAUCACAACUUCUUGAUUACAUUAUGCAUACAAAGAUGUCUGGUCUAGCAGGUCCGGUUCAGUUUCAUCAAGACAGAUCAAUGUUACAGCCUUCAUAUGAUAUUAUCAAUGUGGUUGACGACGGAUUUCGCCAAAUAGGUUACUGGUCUAACCAUUCUGGUCUCUCUAUUGGGCCUCCUGAAUCAUUUUACAGCAAACCUUCAAACCGCUCUAGCUCAAACCAACAUCUGAAACUUGUAACUUGGCCUGGUGGGACUUCAGUUACGCCUCGUGGAUGGGUAUUUCCUAACAACGGGAAGCUGUUGAGAAUCGGUGUUCCUGAUAGAGCAAGCUUUAAGGCCUUUGUCUCAAGGGUCAAUGGAAGUAGCAAUAAUGUGCAAGGAUAUUGCAUUGAUGUAUUUGAAGCUGCGGUGAAACUGCUUUCUUAUCCGGUUCCUCACGAGUUCAUCUUUUUCGGAGAUGGUCUCAAGAAUCCAAACUACAAUGAGCUGGUUCACAAGGUCACCACUGGGGUUGAAUUUGAUGCUGUUGUAGGAGAUGUAGCCAUUGUCACAAAACGAACAAGAAUUGUGGAUUUCACUCAGCCAUACAUUGAGUCAGGCCUUGUCGUGGUUGCUCCUGUCUCAACACCUAACGAGAAUCCUUGGGCAUUUUUACGUCCUUUUACUCCUCCUAUGUGGGCUGUAACAGCAGUGUUUUUCAUUGUUGUUGGAGCUGUAAUAUGGAUUCUUGAACACCGCAAAAACGAUGAGUUUCGAGGUCCACCAAGGAGACAAAUCGUUACCAUUCUCUGGUUCUCCUUCUCGACAAUGUUUUUCUCCCACAGAGAGAAAACAGUGAGCACGCUUGGUCGUAUGGUGCUGCUCAUAUGGCUUUUUGUUGUUCUGAUCAUUACAUCUAGCUACACUGCGAGUCUAACAUCGAUGCUUACAGUGCAACAGCUAAAUUCACCUAUAAAAGGAGUAGAUACGCUCAUUAGCAGCACUGGUCGUAUUGGCUUCCAGAUUGGUUCUUUCGCUGAAAACUACAUGGUUGAUGAGCUCAACAUUGCCAGAUCAAGACUUGUGCCUCUCGGCUCUCCUCAAGAAUAUGCUACUGCACUUCAAAACGGUACUGUUGCUGCAAUUGUCGAUGAACGUCCUUACGUUGAUCUCUUCCUAUCAGAUUACUGUAAGUUUGCCAUAAGAGGCCAAGAAUUCACCAGAAACGGUUGGGGAUUUGCAUUUCCAAGAGACUCUCCUUUAGCAGUUGAUAUGUCAACCGCGAUUCUUGGUUUAUCUGAAACUGGUGAGCUUCAGAAGAUCCAUGACAGAUGGCUUUCCAAAUCUAACUGCAGCAGCCCGCACUGGUCUCAGUUAGGUGACUGUCAGCUCAAUGUGCAUAGCUUCUGGGGAAUGUUCCUAGUAUGUGGUAUCGCUUGUUUUGUCGCUCUCCUUAUCCACUUCUUCAAGAUAGUCCGCGACUUCUGCAAACACACGCCAGAAGAAGAAGAAGAAGCAGCUGCUAUACCUGCACCAAAAAGUUCACGUCUUAAAAAGCUGCAAAGGUUUCUAGCAUAUGUUGAUCAAAAGGAAGAAGAAUCCAAGAGAAGGUUGAAGCGGAAAAGGAGCAAUCUUUCUAUGGAUGCGAAUAGUAUCACAUCUUGA